ACAAAAUGGCGUAUGGUUUUGGUUAGUGACAGUGUGUUUAUAUUCACGAUUCAUCAAAGUUAUCCAGUUUUGCAAGGCUAUUGUCCGUCAAGAUUAGAUAARAAAUAACAAAAUGGAUAUAGAAACCUUUUAGCGUGUUUUUCUCUCUGCAAAAAUGGAUUUAAGGACAAGAUCGGAGCAGAUACAGUGGUUGACAGACGCUCUCCAGAACAGCGCACUCUUCACAAAACUUAGAAAAGAUUUUCAGAAAGAGGUUUCCAAGUCCCAUGUGUCCCUAAAUGUUGGGGAUAUGAAGGAAAGUCUGCUAAAAUAUGUCAAAGAAUCUGGCUGGGAUGUGACAUUACAAAAUAAAGUAUACAAGGAAUUCAAAAGGAACCCUUUACCUGAUUCAAAUGACACACCAGAAUAUGCUAAAAAGGAACCACUUGCAUUCAUCCGUAAGGCUCAAGCCACUUGGGAAAAGAGGAUUGUAAAAAGUAUCAAUAGCAUGUGUACAGAGUUAAGCCUUCCUCUCGCAACCAAGCRCUCUGCAGUGGAUCAGGCCAAUAUGUCUUCUAGAUUUGAAACUCUGGGCUGUGAGUUAGAUGAAAAAGAGUUUGAGAAAAUUAAACCAGUAUAUGCUCCAAAAGACUUUUUCGAGGCUCUAAUUGCUGUUGAGAAUCCUAAUUUUGCACCUUUACGAAAAACGCAAAGUUCUAAUAAAGGAUGGGGCUUGAUUCAAGUUAAUCUAUACACCAAAAGUAUCCAGGAAUUGAGGUCAGCAUACCAAGAAUUAGAGCCUGGUACAAGUCAGUGUGGAGUGGAUGAUGCACCAAGCAGUUCUACAAUAGAUUCAUUUGAAAGUGAUUGGUUCAAGCUUGGCAAAAAAGUUAUCCAGAACACAAGUGCUAUUGCAGCUCGUCAGUAUGCUAAGUACGGUUGUCCUUCAGGUCUGAGAGGGCAGAUAUGGCAACAAAUUCUCUGCCUUAAAAUUGAUGAUGUGGAUCUACUGUAUUUUGAGCAGCUCAAGAAUAAUGUUAUUCAACACAGCAUGUUAGUUGACACCUUGGUAAUGAAGGAUAUUAGAAUGACAGCAACAAAUGAUGAURAUUAUUUUGUGUUUGAAGAUCUAUUGUAUCAGGCCUUGCUGGUAUUUACCAGAGAUACAGCAGUCUUAAACCACUUCCAGAAUUCCAGUGCAACACCACCCAAAUCAUAUAUAAGAGGAAAAUUAGGAAUGCAAGAGUUUGCUGUUGUGUACCCACCAAAUGGGGUUAUUCCAUUCCAUGGAUUUUCUAUGCAUGCCGCACCCCUGUGUUACAUGUGUUCACAAGCUCCUCAACUGUACUUUUUAUUCAGAGAGGUUUACACAAGAUAUUUCUUCAGAUUGCACACAAUUUCAUCUCAUCCUGAGGGAAUCCUAUCGUUGUGUAUUCUGUUUGAGAAUCUUCUCCAGACACAUGAACCAUCUUUGUUUUAUCAUCUCAAGGAUGUAGGGGCUCCACCGUUAAGACUCGUAUUCAACUGGAUGGUCUAUGCCUUUUCUGGUUAUCUGGCAACAGAACAAGUUCUUUUACUGUGGGAUAGGAUACUCGCAUAUGAUUCAAUGGAACUCUUGUCAGUUCUUGCCAUGGCUAUCUUGUCAYAUCGUCGCUGUAAUUUGAUGGAAGUAACAAGUCUACAAACUGCACAGACUGUCCUGGCAGAUAUUUCAACCCUUAACGUCACAGCUCUUCUGCAGUACGUGUUGUUCCUUAAGCAGUACGACACUUCUUUUCUUCACGGCGGCUCCUGAACAGUCUGGCAAAUUUUACUCUUAAAACAAGCUUUGACCACAGUUGUUUGUAAAACUUUUAGGUUCCGUGUUAAACGCGGCACUCAGAUGACUCCCCGCGGGAAAACGCUAUCACACCGACUGUCUGCUAAAAAAAGCGCACUUAAGUCCACUGUUUUUGGYUUCUCACUUUUUCUGUUGUCCCAUUCUGGCGUUAUAAUUAUUUGUAAUGUUGUGUGAACUAGCUGGAACCAAACAAAACACGUACACAGAAAAUUACUUGUAACUGUACACUUUUCAUACAAGAGUUUCAAUAGAUACUUUGCUUUUUUGAAUAGAAUUUCACUAGUGGUUUUUGUCAAAACAGUGUCACAAAACCUCAGAAAGCAAAAGUUAUGUAGUGUUUUACUCGUUUAUUUAUUUAUUAUUGAAAUAAAUUU